AUGGAGUUCAGUGCAGAUCUUAUCGAUGAUCGUGUAUGGCUUGGCGAUUUCGAUGCAAUGACAAACACUAUUGCUUUAGAUAGACUCAAUAUCACUCAUAUUUUAAGCGUAAUUAAUUCAGAUUUACCAACUGAUGUGAAUGAUAAAUAUACUCGCAAACACGUUCGUGUUGAAGACGUUGAAACAACUGAUUUACUAAUUGAAUUUGAUGCCUGUUAUGAAUUCAUAUCCAGUGCAUUGACUGAAAAUGAAACAAACAAUGUUCUUAUUCAUUGUCUUGCUGGUUCGUUCUAUUAUCUCAUAAAGUUUCUAUUCACCCGUACCAUUUUAGGCGUCUCACGCAGUGCUACUAUUGCAUGCAUGUGGCUCAUGCGUCGAUACAAGCUAUCUGCUGAUGUCGCACUGAAAAGUCUUACAGCUGCGCGCCCGGCCGUUCAUCCAAACCUUAGUUUUGCUGCUCAGUUAUAUCUAUUCGAACAAAUGAACCAUCAAUUAGAUGUGAAUCAUGAUUUGUAUAGAGAAUUUCAAUUUGAACGUGCGCGCGCUAUUUAUCUCGAUCAUGACACUGAAAUGAAUGGUGUUGACGCAAAGAAUACUCUUCGUCAACAGUAUCGUCAAACUUUUGCACUUCCACAUGGUCACGCACAGUGCACAAUUAUCAAAACGUAUCUAUGUCGACAGUGUCACAAAGAAUUAUUCACUAAUGCAGAUGUGUCCCGGCACUCCAAAGGCAUUGGGUUAUUCGAUUGGUUCAUGAAAUACGGAAGCGAUCGAUGCUUGAAGCUGCCGACGGACAAAGAAUGCGAAGAAACCAGUUUUACCCAUUGUCUGGAAUGGCUAAUGACUCAGAUUGAUACACCGGAAAAUCGACAUAGUAAUUCGAUAAAAUGUCCCAGUUGUUCAACGAUUGUUGGGCAUUAUGAUCUAAACGGUUUGAAAUGCUUCUGUGGCCGAUGGGUUACACCAGGUUUUCUCUUCGAUGUUAAACAAAUCGAAGAAAAAGAAUGUACACAACUUAAUAUCGAAACCACAAAUAAAUCAUCGGUAGAAACAUAA